AUGACCCCACUCCAUGUAAGGAGCAGUGAUGAAGCACAUUCAUUAGAAAGUGGGAUCCCGCCAGAGGAGUUAAGUCUGUACUAUCUUGAUCCGCAAGGCAAUGUACAGGGACCAUACUUGGGUAUUGACAUCAUUACAUGGUUUGAGCAAGGCUAUUUUGGAAUUGACCUACUAGUCUGUUUGUCUGAUGGCCCUGAGCAAUUGUGUUUUCAAGAACUUGGUGAGGUCAUGCCGCAUUUGAAAGUCAAAUCUGGGUCUGCUUCCAAUGCUGAUUUAGCGACUAGGCGAACUCUGUCUGAUGUUGUGGGAGGCAAUUUGGAGGGAAGUGCACUGCAUCCUGCUUCUGCUUCUGACUUUAAGGGGUUGGAUUAUCCAGAAAACCAGCAUUGGUCUUCAUCUGGAUGUGAUGUGAUGUCAAGUGUUAGUGGUCAGUCUCGAGUACCUGACCACAGUUAUCGCACUGAUGUCCAUUAUGAUCAAAGCUUCAAAAAUUUUGUUGCUCAAGAUGAAGAGAUUGUUUUUCCUGGAAGUAGUACUGGUAUUCCCUUGAUGGGACCCGAUAACAGGCAUGGUUCAGUUUCCAAUCUCGCUGGUCACCCUUCCCUUGGGACUAAAUUUUCGGAAACUAGCUUGCCUCAACAUCAGGAUGAUAUGUUGCAUCCAUUUGGUCUGCCAUUGUCUGAACUCAGGAUCAAUUCUCAUUUGAUGGGUUGUCAGUCAUCAAAUAUCGUUACUGGUGUGGGUGAACAGGGUCACAGGAGAGAUUCUUUCUUUGAGAAAGACACUGGUUUUACUAGUCACAGGUCUUUUGGUGCGAUGGCUGACCAAAUUCCACUUGUAGGGACGCGGUCUAGUAAUUAUAGGAACAAACCAUUUUCUGGCCCAAACAUAAAUUCUGGGCCAAUAGAUGCCCAACACUUUUCUCACGGGGAACAAGAGUGCAACGAUUUUGACUUUGCAAAGCACUUGAUGAUUCAGAAAUUGCAGAAGGAACAACUUCAGCCACAUGAUCUUUUAUCUUCUCAUCCUUUUGCACAAACGUCUGGGUUGGAGGCAGAUCAGAUUCCAGGUUUUACUCCUCAGAGCAAGCUUCCUAAUGUUCAGUCUCUGGUCCAUAAUCAAUUUCCAAAUAUGGACCGGCUUUUGGAACUUGAGCAUCAACAGCAGCGGCAACUUGAGCUUCAACAGCAGCGGCGGCAAUUUGAGCUUCAGCAACAGCGGCAGCAAUUUGAGCUUCAGCAGCAGCGGCAAUUUGAGCUUCAACAACAGCAGAGGCUAAUGCUGAUGCAGCAGCAACAGCGACAAUCACAUGAGCAACUCCGUCACAACCAAAUAAAAUUACUGCAGCAACAACAACAGCAACAGCAGUCUCAAGUUCAGCAAUUGCUUUUUGAACAAAUGCUGCAGAAUCAGAUGUCUGAUUUUGUUGAUGGGCAGCCAAAUGUGGACCCUGUGAAAGAUAACUUUCUAGAUCAGCCUCAGUUGAGGAUGCUACUCCUGCGUGAACUGGAACAGAAUUCUCAUACUUCAAGGCAUUUUGAUCCAUCAUUGGAGCAGAUACUCCAAGCAGACAUUAGUCAAAAUGCACUUCGGGAACAGGAGGCUCAUUAUUUGGACCUCCUAUCACAAGUGAAGCAUGGUGACAUGCAUCCCUCAGAACAUGAAAUUCGUUUACGGCAGCAACAGUUGCAGGCCCAGCAUUUAUCUAUGGCACUGAGGCAGCAAUUGGGAAUGGAGGGGGGAAGGCAUGUUGGUGGGCCAUGGUCGGUUGACGAAACUGGUCAGUUUCAGGGGAUCCUGCUGGUAGUCAUCAUUCUUUUUCUGCAGGAAUCAAUACUUUGGAUUUUUAUCCGCAACGGCAGAGGCGUCCUUCUCAUGAAGAGCAAUUGGGCCACCUUAACAUACAAAAGCAUCAUCAGCGUGGGUUUUAUGAGCCUAACCCUCAAGCGUUUGAGAGCUGUUGGUCGACAAGUUCUUGAUGACUUUCGUGGUUCUCAUCCGCAAGCUAUGGCGAUGCACCUCUCUGGAAAUAAUAGGCAACUAGACAAUAGCUCGAUUGAAGGAAGGAUGCAACAAUUGCAUCUUGAAGCUGAGAGGCAAAGAAAAUUUCCAGACGGUACCAUAAUUUCUCCUGAUUUAGAUAUGUGGGGGUUGGCUGGAACUCACGAGGAAAAUUCCAAGCAAGCUUUGAUGGACCUUCACCAGAAAUUGGGUGUUCAGUCUAUGCAAUCAUCGGAAGUUGAUCCUGAACACGCUUUAUUAUCUUCUGAUGCCAGGGAAAUCCUUAAGCCAAUUUCUGAGUCAUUUUCAUCAAGUGUACCUUUUAAUCGUUUCCCAGGUAAAGAAGCUAGCAUGAAUAACUCAUAUGUAGAAGGGCUUCAGAAUUCUUUCUCCCGUGUUUCUUUGCAAGAUCGUUUGGUCUUUGAGGCAAUGAAUAGACAAUUUAACCAUCAGGGAAACAGUGAAGAGUUUCCUAUCAGAUCGAAUUCUGCAGCAUUAUUAGAAGAGUCGUUCUUGUCAGGUGAUAGUGAUAUGACUGGGAGAGACAUCGUAGAGCGAGAGGGAAAGGGGAAGAGGAAUGGUUCUCAAGGCAUAACUGCAAUGAACAGGUCAUUUUCGGAGAGAGGAGACGACUUGGUGGCAGUAGCGGAUGGUGCCAUGGAUUUUCGAGAGUUACCUAUUAAUGCCCAUAGCAGGCAUAGUUCAAUAAGUAGUGCUGGUGGAAAUGGAAGCUUGUACAGCUAUGAUAUGGGAUUGGAUAAAUCAGUUGAAGAGGAAGUUUUCAAUGACAGACAGUCGUCAAUUUUGAGCAAGGGGCUUGCUUCACAUGGACGCCCUCCUGUAUCUCGGGCUCUGUCUUCACAAGACGUUUCAUCAGAGCCGGCUUCUUCCUCACUGAUUAAGCUGAAAAAUUCGAACAAUAUUGCAACUUCAGAUGAUGUGAAUCGUGAGUCUACUGGGAAUUCGGCAGCUGUCAAAAAUGCUCGAACACAGGCAUCUGGCAAUAGAGAGGUUCGUUUCCAGAGGACUUCAUCUUGCAGUGAUGCUGUUGUAUCAGAGACAUCAUUCAUUGAUAUGCUUAAGAAACCAGUUCCUUCAGAGGCCGAUCCAUUAAAUGCUGCUGCGAUGGAUUCUUCCGAUGGAGGUGCAGUUGCAGGUAAGAGUGGCAAAAGGAAAGGGAAAAAAGGGAGGCAAAUAGACCCUGCUCUCCUUGGCUUCAAGGUCUCCAGCAACCGGAUCCUGAUGGGUGAAAUCCAACGCCUUGAUGAUUAAACCGAAUGGCAUAUGGUGUAAAUCUUUUGUAAAUUGUAAUCCAAUUUUGUAGAUUAGUAAAAGUAACCUUCUGUACAGAUCAACUGUAAACCGAAGUUUUGAAAUUCCUUCAUUCUUUCAUGUAAUUGUUUUCAGGA